ACAGGUAUAUGAACAAUUAGUUAAUUGCUCAUGCAUACACACAUAAGUGCCCGUUGAUCUUCUUAAAUACUUUUUCACAAUAAUUGGCAUUAACAAAAACACAUGGGAGCGAUAUUUGGAAAAAGCAGACCUUCAUAAAUAUUUUUAUAUAGCAACAACUUAUUCAUAUAUCAAACAGCAGCACAAGAGAAGACAAGAGUGCCAAUAUGGAGUAGAGUUACGACUUCAGUUCACGAAAAAAAGACCACACAGCAACGGUGCUGGAGGAGUGCAAGAUCUAUCUAUUCUACUGGGCAAUAGUUCGCCAAAACUCUCGUCUUCUUGGUGAAUUGUGACCAACCUCUUCGCCAAAAGUGAUCAAAGCAACAAUAUGCCAUAUUCUCCAAAUAUUAGUAAAAGUCAACAUGUCAAGAUGACAAGUAGCAAUACGUCGUUAGACAACACUUCCGAUCAGGACUACAGUGAAUUUCUAAACGAAUAUCAGACUAAUUCGCCAAACAAUGAGCCUGAAACACAUUAUGAAGAAGGUGAACUGGAAGCAGAAUGGCUAGUAGCGGCCGGUUUUCCCCAACUCAUAAAACCAUUUGAGCAGGGUCUAGAAUUGCGUACUUCAGAUUUGGAGCCGGUACUUGCAACACUUUCUAUGCCCCAUGCUGAAGCAAUCAAACAGCGCGUUCGAGCUUUAAACCAUACUGUACGUGGCCGCACGAAAAAUCGUCAAAAACGAAAACCAGACAUCAGAGAUGUCUUUCGAGAUUUUGAUGAAUCCAGUACUGGAACCCGAUCCCGGAGCGCUACGCCUGACUCGCUAGAUUCGAUUCAUGGAGAUGAAGUUUGGGGAAACGCAUCUAUACCUAGUUUUGUCAGCAUAUUCGAUCAUAAUUCAGUGGUAGACUCAGGGAAUGGCCAUCAGACUUUGCAGUUGAAUAAAAAUCAGAAACAACGUCUACGUCGAACUCCAAGUGCUCCACUUAAAAGUUCACAAGACAUUUUUCGCGGUUCACAUAUUCGUUGUGAUAUUCCAAUGUUUGCUGCAGAGGGUAUAGAAUUACUGGGAUUUUCUCGUAUCGGUACCAUUCACAUCCCGCGAAAUCGAUCUGGAUCCGAUCCGUCAUGUUCUGUAGGUCGUGUCCACGGCCAGCUUUUACAAUAUUCUAAUAGUGACAACAAUGCUUCAGGUGAAUCAAGUGACGAGUGUUUGUCCAACAACGCACGUUUGUCGAGCUCAUCUUCCUCAGAGAGCACUCCACAAAAAAUACAUUUAGAUACACCGCCACAAAGUGUACAGAAUUCGCCUUCAUCUCGAGACGGUAUUAGUUUUGAGAAUAUGUGCCGUGAGACAUCUAGUCAGGAUGGAGUGGAUGUUGUGGACAGUAAUGACUCUUCCCUAGAGUUCUGUACCGAUAUAGAUACUAUAAAUGAAACAGAGCUGAAACGUCUUCAGACAGUUUUUUGGUUAGAAUUAGCAGCAAUUUUCGAUCGGAAUCAUGUUUCCCUCGAUAAACGAAAACCUUUCAAACGACGUCGGAAAGAGGAAGGUAACCUGUUCGGUGUGUCAUUAAAUGCGCUUGUUCGGCGCGAUCAGCAAAUAACGGGAAAGGAUUCAACACUGGUGCCGUUGUUCCUAGAAGGUCUGCUGGAAGAGCUUACGAAACGUGGUGCUAGAGAGGAGGGUAUUCUGCGCGUUGCUGGGCAUAAGCAAAAGACUGAAAUACUUUAUAAUGAAUUGGAAUCGAGUUUUUAUCAGAAGCCGAAAAAGUUUACUCAAUUACUGAACUCAGCCAGUGUGCAUGAUCUGAGCGCUUUACUUAAGCGAUGGUUACGUGAGCUUCCUCAACCAUUACUCACAAAUGAGCUUAUUCAGCUAUUCUAUCAAUGUCAUGGUCUCCCACCCGCAGAUCAGGCAAAAGCUUUGGCAAUUGUCGUUCAAAUGUUGCCUCAUGAAAAUCGAAAUACGUUGCGAACAUUAAUCCGUUUUCUAAACAAUGUUAUUGAGCAGAGGGUUUUUAAUAAAAUGAAUAUGCAUAAUGUUGCCACAAUAAUUGCACCAUCAUUUUUCCCGCCACGUUACAUACAUCCAACAGAUAAAAAUAGUAUUGAGGAACAAGUUAAGAUGGCUGCGCAAUGUUGUCGCCUUACUAAUAUGCUUAUAACGCGUGGAGAGGCGUUGUUUCAAGUGCCAAAUAGCCUAAUUGAAGAAUCCAAAUCAAACAAGACAAGACAGGGUAAACGUAUUUUACAUAGGCGAGUCAAAGCCACAACUUCGCUACUUCAUCCAAGUCACAGUAAUUGCAGUAACGUAGGGGAUACCAGCCACCAUCAUACUCACUUGCGUUCAGACUACCAGCCAAGUAGUCCUAUAGUCAAUGUGGUGUCAGAAGAUGGUAAUAAUACGAUUAAACGUCAACAGUCAAUAAAUCCAAGUCAUGUGCACCGUUUAAUUAUUUGAUCCCUAUUGAAAAGGGAUCUGAUAGUUGAUCAUGUCACUUAAGCGCAUGUAAUAAAUAAUAAGUUAAACUAAGUCUAUCCAUAUGCAUAUACAUACUUUAUUAAAAUUAUCCACAUUUUUUAUUCGGAACAACUCUUAAAAGCUAGCUUUAGAAAUCUUUGCCACAUUUUCUUUUCUAUUACCUGAAAUUAAACUUAAACUUCAAUCAUGUGUGAUUUUCUAGAUCACAAAUUGUGAAGAAUGAAAUAAAAUGUCUAAAUAUGGUUGUAUUCAAA